GGAACUUCACACGAGAGUUUCCUGUCGGCGACGGCGGCGGACCUCCGAGCGUACCGCCAUGGACCGGACUGCCGUCGUUAAAGUGGGUGCCGCAGCCAGCGCGAGCGUGUGCGCCCUGUUCGGCGGCGUGGUUCUGGCCCAGUACAUCGUGGCCAAGAAGAAACGAGCGGGAAAGAAGACGAGAAUCAUUGAAAUGAUGCCUCAGUUCGAGAAGAAGACGGUCCACAUGAGGGACCCCGAGAGGGUGGAGCAGAUCAUCUGUGGCCUCAUCAAGGGUGGAGCCUCCAAACUUCAGAUCAUCACUGACUUCGACAUGACGCUAAGCAAGUUUGCCAUCAAUGGCAAACGCUGUCCGACGUGCCACAACAUCAUCGACAACUGCAGCCUGGUGACGGAGGAGUGUCGCGAGAAGCUACUGCAGCUCAAGAACAAGUACUACCCCAUUGAGAUCGACCCACACCUCACCAUGGAGGAGAAGUACCCCUUCAUGGUUGAGUGGUAUUUCAAAUCUCACACACUUUUGGUGGAACAGAGGUUAGAGAAGGACAAACUGCCUCAAGUGGUGCGAGAGUCUGACGCUGCACUCAGGGAAGGCUUUGAGCAGUUCUUCGACCGCCUGCACCAGCACGACGUGCCCGUGUUCAUCUUCUCUGCCGGACUGGGGGACGUCCUGGAGGAGAUCAUUCGCCAGGCGGGUGUCUACCACCCCAACGUCAAGGUGGUGUCCAACUUUAUGGACUUUGACGACAACGGCGUCGUGCGAGGCUUCAAAGGGGAGCUGAUCCACGUGUACAACAAGCACGACGGCGCCCUUCGCAACACUGACUACUUCAAGCAGCUGAAGGAAAACUGUAACAUCAUCCUGAUGGGAGACUCGCUGGGCGACCUCAGCAUGGCUGACGGCGUACCCAACGUGGAAAACAUUCUCAAGGUCGGCUUCCUCAACGACAAGGUGGAGGAGCGUCUGGACAAAUACUUGGACUCUUACGACAUCGUCCUGGUAAAGGAUGAGACCCUGGAAGUGCCCAACUCUAUCCUCCAGAAGGUCCUAUAACUUGCUCCUCGUACCACUACCACUGGACCUCUUCUUUACCCCAACGCCUGCUUCCACACCUUUGUACGUGUCCGAUUGGACAUUUUUAAAUGUACAGCACUCUUCAACUUCUUUUUGGUCUUGUGUCAAACUCGCACUCUAUCUUGUGGACACCAGCGUCACAUCGCAGGACAGUGAACCCCCACAAAUUUGCAGUUGGGCAUUCGUGAAUUCACCUGUAAGGGGAUUUUAAAUUUUUUUUACUAAUCACCGUUAUGUUUUGAAACCCCCGCUAUGUCUUUUAUUCCAACCCAAUAAUCAAUUAAUCAUCAUGAAUGGAUUUUUAAUAUUCACAGUCGUGCUUGGCCCCGAACCCACUUGAAUAACGGGGGCUUGCUGUCUGGCAUCUAUCUAGGGUGGAUACGUCCCAAACCCACCCGCAAAAGGUAAACAUCUGCAAAAACAGCUUUUUCAACACACUCGGAGCAGCAACACAUCCAAAACUAGCAUAGAGAACAGGAAAACACUUCAAAGUAUUCCUGAGCGCCUGUUCUCACUCUCGUACUGUCAAGAAAUGGGAGGCUUUUGUAUAACAUCACUUUGAAGAAAGGAAAAGAAGGCUCCGCUGCUCGCACAGUUCCAUAAAUAGGAGGCAAACCCUGCUUGCUUCAACAGUAUAGUGACAACCUUUGCUUCACAAUCUGUGAUAUAGUAGUGGGGGCGUGAGUGAUGAACCCCGAUAUAGCGGGGGGACACUGUAUACAACGUUAUUUUUUCAGUAUGGGUGUCUUUGUGUACCGUAGAACACGUACGUACAUGUACUGGACCAGGAAGAAGCAAGCGGACAUUUGAACAUGAUUAUCAUGGAAAUGCCAGUGGAGGUCCCUGAUUCAUUUUGGGAGGAUGUGAUUUGAGGAAAUGCACUUUAAAAUAGGCGUGAAUAUCUUUAGUGGAUGUGUGCACAUGUUUUAGUCAGUGGACGUAUGAUGUAUAAAACAAACAAAGAAAAAAAGCCAUGUUUAACUUUCAUUCAAGCCUUUUAAAGCCCGCUCUGCUUAGAAAAAGAAUCACUUUAUUCUCCAUCUUCUCGUUUGCUUGAGAAUGGUCAGAGCUCCGUGCUACGCUGAAACAGAAAAUCACACCAAAGUGAGUGUUUUACAUGGCGGAAAUGUCACUGGUCCCCUCACCCCCAUUUUUUCCUCAACAUCUCUAAUGUGUUUUACAUGUGCUGCUAUCACCUGCAUGUUGCCUUUUCUCAACAAAGAAAUGGAAGGAAACAAAUCUAUUUCGAUAUAUAUAAUUGAAACAGGGAAUAAUGUCAUUCUGUGUCUGUGGACCUUGUGUGGAAAUGUUUCCAAAAGUAGAAUCCUGUGUUUUAUUUUUCUAAGCAGAUUUUUUUUCUCUGUGAUCAUAUGAAUUGGAAAAGAAAUACAGCAUUGUAUUAUAAUGA